AUGCACUCUUCUAGCUAUCCCACGAGAUCUCUUUCCCAAACAUCAGCCACCUCAACUGUAUCUCACACCAGUCAACACUCUAAGAAACAGGACAAACCUUCUCUGUCCUCAAAGAUCUUCCGGUCAAAAUCCCCUGCUCCAAUCGAUAUCCCCAAGAGACGUUACCGCCAGGACUCGAACAUUUCUCAGCCUCGAGACAUCCCGCGCAGCAACCCCGAUUGUUCAUACUUCCCAAACCACCGAUAUCAUUCCACCAGCCCGACAGAAAUGUUCCCCACAAUUUCUUCACCUCGGUCCCCGAAGCCUGAUUGCACGACCAAGCAGGAUUUCUCGAGUCGCAAAGACUACCGUCGUUAUAGUGGCACCGUCAAUCACUACGGUCGGCACUCCAAUGACUGGCUCUUUGGUGGCUUCAGUGUUCGCGAGACUGUCCGCGAAGGCAUUGAGAAGCUUCGCAGCUCCGAAAAGGACACCUGA